GUGGGCAGGUUGAAGGUGAGGCUCAUAGAGGUAGAGGAGAGACAGGCUGUCAGCUUCAGUCACUCAGAAGUCACCAGGAGGAGCUCACCCACACACACACCUAUCUGCAUACUCACUGCAACACACUACCAAGAAAAAUGAGCGCAAGUGGAAAACAAGACCCCCCUCCCUACCUCAUACCAGUUGAAGGUCAGGGAUCUGGUGUGAAGGUUUACCAUGUGCACACCCCGUUCACCCCCCCAGAUCAUGAGCAGGCCGCCUCCGCCGCCUCUGUCACACCAGUUUACACCAGUGGUGGGGGAGGCAAUGGGGAGAACAAAAAUAAGUUUGUGAGUUACGAAUCGGGUCUGGGUCGUACAUCAGGCAUGACGACCUGCUCGAGCUGCCAACAGCAGGUCAUGACCAACGUCACCUACAAGGCAGGGACGUACGCCUGGCUCAUGUGUAUACUCUUCAUCUGCUGCGGGUUGUUCCUAUGCUGCUGCUUGAUUCCAUUCUUCAUGGACAGCUUCAAGGAUGCUUAUCACUCGUGCCCCCGCUGUAGCAGAGUCCUGCACAUUGAAAAGAAGCAGUGCUGUAAAUGAUAAACCACCAGGAGAGAUGGACCCAUAGAAAUAAAAAAGCACCAUCCUGUCAGCUUUGUCUGCCUCUGGAUCUCCUGAGAACCACAGAGCAGCAAAUCAAGUAUUCUCUUUGGACACAGACUCCCUUAUUUCUAUGGAUGAACCACUGGUUGUUGAUCAGACAAUAAACAACUUCUGCUCAGCUUUAGAAUAUUAACAGGCAUACUGGGACUAUUGCAAGACAUUUAAACACAGUAAAUAGAAAGAAAACAUCAACCUCUGGAAGGUAAAUCACUCCCCACAUUUAGAGAUCUGUUCUAUUUUUUACAAACCUUUUAUUAUGGUAUAAUGAAGACUUGUAUACAGAUUUUAAUGUCUCCCCACUUGGAGGGACUUUUGAACACCUUAUGAAACAAACCAAUACAACGAAGAAGAGUGGUUGUCAUGGUAGAAGAGUCCUUGAACAAUAAGUUUGUAUUGGUAUGUUUUCUGAAAGGUUUCUGCCCUAUAGACUCUGCAUUAUGAGUUCAACUGUAUAUUUUGUAUGUAUUUACACAUAAAAACACACUUUUAUUUUUACAUCUGUUUAAAGAAGUAAACUAUUAACCUGUUUUUUUUAACACACACACACCUAAAUAUCUAUAUAUAUAUAUAUAUAUAUAUUAGUGGGUGUGUGUGUACGCUACAAAUGAUAGGUUUUGACACACUUUUGGUCAUUCAAUAGGUUUUCUUUCUUUUUGGAUACAAUUUGCACAUAUUGAAGAAAGAAAUUGUGAAGAUGCAAUAUUUAAGACGUGUUUGGUAAUAAUUGAAAACAUUUUAUAUCAUAGAUCCACCAUAAUAGCCUCCUUUUGCUUUGCUGAGGCUCAGCUGAUCGCCAUGUUAAGUGGCUUACAGUCUUGAAGGAGUUCCUAGAGGCAGUCAUGACAAUAAAGACAAACUAUUGAAUAAGAAGGUGUGUCCAAACUGUUGAUUGUCAGUCUAUAUAAUUGAUCUUCUAUCUCUAUGAACCACUUGCUGCUAAAGGAAUAUGCUAAAAUGCUGGGACUCAGAUCCGUCCCUGUGGGAAACUGAGCAUGCUUGGACUUCCGUUAUUUACUGUAUCUGCUGGAAACUAUUGUUACUCCAAUUAAAAAAUAGAACAUAUGGAAAA